AUGUCUAGCACAAAUCCUUUGUCUAUCUCCAACGUAACUCGCGGUUGGAAAGGCAAAGCUCGUGCCUCUACUCCAUCUAAGUCGCCCUCGACUUCUACACCAAGCCCAAAGAAGCAAGGCGGACGUAAGGUAGGUGCCUGCACCUGGACAAUUGAGGACUACUUGCUGGUUUUCCGUAUCAUCUCUGUGGUACGCCCGGUUGGUAGCAACCAGUGGGAGAUAGUUGGCGAAAACAUGACGGCUCAAAGCUUCACAGCUCGGAGCGGCAAGGUUUGCAAGAAUUGUUGGGUUAAGGUCCUGAAGCUCCCCAAGCCGACUGGACAAAGCAAGAUGCAUCCCUUGCAUUGUCUUGCGUUAGCAGUCGAAGAAGGCAUCAGUAAAUUGCAUGCAAUGGGCUUGCUGGAUGACUUGAGUGCCCCUGACAAAUACGAGGAGACAGAGAUUGAAUUCAACCUUGCUGAGACCAAGAUGAGGCGCCUGAGGCUUGAUUUCAAGCGCGCCCCUAACUUCGAAGUUCCCCUUCUGGAUGAGGACGCCGAGGUCAAAGACGAUGCCGGCAACUGCGGGAACAAUGAAACAGGGGCUGGCGGAAAUCCAAGUGAAGUCUGGGCGGGCUUGGACGACAAGGUUGCGGGUGAUAGUGGUGACUCAGGGGCAGGCAAAGGUGCAGAGAAUUGCAACAGUGACGGAGAGGAGGAUUGGCCCCCAAUCAGCACGGCAACAGAUCCUUGA